AUGGGGAUCUUCACUGUUACAAUAAAUCAUCUGAUGUAUUAUGAUACUGGUUAUUACUGGUGCGCUGUGGAGAUCGAUAAUGGAGGAGAUUUUGGGGAGUUAUUUCAUCUGGAGGUCAACACAGGCACCCCCGCUCUCUAUACAAAUCAUCAGAAGAUUACAGGAUUUAUUGGAGACAGUAUGAGAAUAUGGUUUCACAGUAGAAACCGUGGAGAAUUAAAGUGGUGCAGACUGGGCAGGUCUUGUGCAACCGUUACAUCAAAAUCAAUGGAUGGAACACAUUUGGCCAUUAACGAGAAUCCCAAUAAUAAUUUUACUGUGACUAUGAGCGGACUGAGGACAGAGAGCAGCGGCUGGUAUUACUUUGUUAAAGGGGAUUUACAGAUGCCAGUGCACCUAACUGUUACAGAGAGACCCUCCACUACCACAUUAUCACCCACUACUCAUCAGUCCACUACUACUCAUCACACCACUGUUAGAGAGAACCAGACCUUUACCACAUGUGGACCUGAAAAGAAGAGCAGUGAUAAAGUUGACCUGAAGAACCUCAUCAUCCCUCUGGCUUUGUUAAUCUUCAUAGUAAUGAUAACUUUGAUUAUUUGGUUUAUACUGAAGACACACAAGCAACGCAAAGUAAAUUCAUCAGCUACAGUUAAGGCUGAAGAUGAAGUAACGUACUGUAAUGUUGCAUACAGGAGAAGAACUUCAGUGCAGGCUGGUAGUGAUGUAAUAUACAGUAACACUGGCAAAGGAACAUCAGAGCAGGUAAAAAGGAUUAAAUGUAUAGUAGAGUUAAAGAUACAGGCCAACAAAACAACCUGA